CCAUGCUGCCGGAACGAUACUCCCAAAACAACCGAAAUCGCACGGAAAUUGUCCCGUCACUCCGUGUGAACCACCCCCAAAUCCCUCCAACAGCGGGUGAGCGCGGCACGCACGGCCGCGGCCACCCCCCACAGCCGUUGACCCCACUGCUCCUCACUCUCCCGUAGUCUCCUCAGCCGCCCACCAACCUCGCCCAGCCUCGAUCCCCGUCCGGCGAGAUGGUGGAGGCGGUGGCCGGCUGGCUGGUGUGCCCGAUCAUCAAGAUCGUCAUGGACAAGGCAAAGUCCUGCGCCUCCGACAGGAUCAGGUGGCUGAGCGACGGCGUCCCCGAGACGCUCAAGCGGUUGGAGAACUUGCUGUACCAGCUCCGCGCCGUGGCGGGCGCCGUCCAGCGGCAGGGCUCCCCGGACAGAAGCGCGGACCUCCGUGCGUGGCUGCAGCAGCUCAUCGACGCCGUGUACGAGGCCAAGGACGUCCUCGACGACUUCGACGACUCGGUCCCGCCGACUGAAUCCCCCAUCGCCAGGUUCGGCAAGCGGAUCUUGGGCGCCGACGAGCGCGUCAACAGGCUCAAGGAUGUCGUCGACAAGCUGGAAGCCGUCCAAGCUACCUCCCGGACGCUGAUGCUGGCGGCGGUCCAUGGGUCCGGGUCGGGCUCCGGUGAUCUGAGCGGCCACCACCAACCGCACGGCGGAGCCACGGGCUCCGUGCGCCACCACGAGCACGAGGUGUUCGGGCGCGACAGGGAGCGGCAAGACAUGGUGUCCUGGCUCGUCGGCACGUCCGACGGCGACGCCAGGUCCGUCCCCGUCGCCGCGAUCACGGGCCAUGGUGGGAUGGGGAAGACCACGCUGGCGCAGCUCCUGUUCGAGGAUCAGAAAGUGGUCUCCACCUUCGACCUCAAGAUCUGGAUCCAGCCUGAUGCCACGGACAACGAGUUUGAGCUCGCCAGGCAAAUCCUGCAGUCCGUCAACGUCGAAGUGCCGGGCGGCAUGAAGAACUUCAACUGGUUGCAGGUGAAACUCCAGGAGGAAGUCUCGUUACGCAGAUUUCUGCUGGUUAUCGACGACGUCUGGAACUGGAACAGGGAGGACAUAAAUGGGCAUGCCUACCGAGAAAUGUGGUCCAAGGUGCUGGCACCCAUCAGCCAUGGGAAGGCGACGGGGAGCAAGAUUGUGAUCACCACUCGCCAAAAGAUGGUGGCAGAUUUGCUGCACGCAAGCAAGGAGGUCUGGCUGGAUGACUUGCCGGCCGAUGCCAUCUGGUCGCUGUUCAAGAGGUGCGCCUUUGGUGAGGACAACAUUGAUAAGCAGCCUCAAGCACUGCAAGACAUUGGGAGGAAAAUUGCCGAAAAGCUCAAGGGGUCACCAAUGGUAGCAAAGGCCGUUGGACAGAUGCUGGAAGGAAGCCGCAGGGUCACCCACUGGAAAAGGGUGCUUGACAUGGACAGCUUUGACAAUGUUUCCAAAACAUUAGAGUUGUGUUACCAUAAUUUGCCAGAACACCUGCAACCAUGCUUUGCAAUCUGUAGCUUAUUCCCAAAGAACUGGAGGUUCAAGCGUGAUAAGCUGGUGAAGAUAUGGAUGGCUCUUGAUUUCAUCCAGGCAGAUGGUGGCAAUACCCAAUUGGAGGAUGUGGGGAGCGAUUACUUUGAUCAGCUUGUGGACAGGUCCUUUUUCCAUAGGCAAAGGGUAGGGCGUCGGAGGUACUAUUACAUCCAUGACCUGAUGCAUAAUUUGGCAGAAAAGGUUUCUCAGUUUGAUUGUGUGAGAGUCGAAGAUGCAACGAAAAAGAUCCCAAAGACAAUUCGGCACGUAUCGGUGUCCAGUGAUAACAUAGCACAGCUCAAGAGCCGAUGUGAACUCAAAAGAUUACACACAUUGCUGAUUCUCAAGAACCCUUCCUCUUCGUUGGAUCAACUGCCAGGUGAUCUUUUCAUAGAGCUGAAAGGUCUUCGAGUUCUCGGUUUGGAAGGCUGCAAUAUCGUUCGUCUAUCAGAAAAAAUUGUGAAUCUUAAACACCUCAGAUACCUGGCCCUUUGCAAAUCAAUCACCAGGCUUCCACAAGCAGUGACAAAGCUCUAUCGACUUCAAACCUUUAGUAGUCCUAAGGGGUCUGGCCUCGAGGUCCCGGCAGAGAUCGUAGACCUGAAACGCCUGCGACAUUUGGAUAUGGAUACAUCGAAAAUCACUGGUAUUGGGAAACUGGUUCACUUGCAGGGUUCAGUUAAGUUCCAUGUUAAAAAAGAAAAAGGUCAUACUUUAGGAGACUUGGAUGGUAUGAGUGGUCUUCGCAAAGAGCUACAUAUCAAGAACCUUGAUGUUGUAAAGGAUAAGGAAGAAGCCUGUCAAGCUGGAAUAAACAGGAAGGAGAAUGUUAAGGUCCUGGAAUUAGAAUGGAAUUCUACCGGUAAGAGUGUGCCAUCUGAUGCGGCUGAAGUCUUGGAUGGUCUCGAACCGCACCAGUAUGUUAAAAAGCUUAUUAUUAGAAGAUAUCAUGGUAACAGGUCACCAAACUGGUUGAGUGAAAGCUUGAAAGCGAGCAACUUCUACAUUAAAUACCUGCAUUUGAUCAACUGUAGAAAGUGGGAGGCCAUGCCUCCUCUCGGGCAGCUUCCGUGCCUCAAGGUUCUGCAAUUGAAAGAGAUGACUUCAGUGCAAAAAAUCAGCUGUGACUUUUAUGGAACCAAAUUGACUGGAUUUCCAUCAUUGGAGGAACUUGAAUUUGAUGAUAUGCCACAGUGGGUGGAGUGGACACAAGAAGAGAAGAACAUUGAAGUGUUCCCUAAACUCCGUAAGUUGAGGCUUUUGAACUGUCCUGAGUUGAUUAAGGUGCCUCAUCUUCCUCUAUCCGUGAGGAAGGUCACGGUAAAAAAUACAGGUUUUGUUUCACAACUGAAACUAUCCUCCUCCUCACCAUCAAAAGCGUGCAAGUUUGCAUUAGAUACGUGCUCUGCCACCAUCCUCACAAAUGGCUUAAUGCAUCAGCAACAAGUGGAAGCAAUUGCUACUUUGACUCUGAGGAACUGUGAGGAUGUAAAAUUUGAAGAGCUUGAGGUGCUGACUUCCUUGAAGAGGCUGCAAAUAUCUCAUUCAAGCAUUAAUGAUGAGCAGUUGGACACUUGUUUGAGGGGUUUACAAGGGCUUACCUGGCUGGAGAUAUCAAACUGCAACACUAUCACAUGUCUUCCAUGGAUGGAAAGUUCAGAGUGCUUAACGAAAUUUCAUGAGCUACGCAUUCAGCAGUGUCCUGAAUUUUCCUCUCUACACUCACUGCCAAGUUUUGCGGCACUAGAAAGUAUAUUGAUCGAAAAUUGCUCCAAGGUCACAAUGGAAUCUUUCCCUACCAACUUUAACAACAAUUCUCUUAGAAGACUGAGUAUUAUGAAUUGUGCUGAGUUGGAGUCGCUGCCAAGUGGCUUCCCAUCUUCGCUGCAAGUUCUUCAUCUGAUUGGGUGCAAACCAACUUUGAUGACCCAACUUCAAGUCAAGGAUGGACCAGAAUGGGAUAAAAUAGCUAGUAUUCCCUUUAAACAAAUCCGCUGAUUAGAAGCUUUUUAUUCAAACCAACAGGACAAAGGAUACGAGAUGAAGCAUAGUUGACCACAGCUUGUUCUCAGCUUGAAUUAUUACUUAGUGUUUAAAAAUUGUACUAUAACGAAUUUAUUGUGUCUGUGUGCCCACAUUGGCUUAAAGUAUGUUUUUCAUUUAUAUUUCUGUAAAGAUGGUGUUUGUAAACUGCCAUUUGGUGCAAUUUAUUGAGUUGUGAACAAAUAUUAUCCUCAGCUAAAUCAAACUUGUUCGUUUACAACA